AUGGGCUGGCGGGCUAAAACAAAGAUGGAGUGGUGGCACAGCUACAAUCAACUCAUGAUCAUGUUCGGAGUGGGAAUCGGCUUUGGGGUCUUCGGACCUUCUAUGAUGGAUUUGGCUGAUAUGCAUUCUACCACAACCGAAGAGGUGGCUUUGAUGAACUCCGCCAGAGCUUUCGGAAUGUUCAUAGGAUCGUGCUUCGGCGGAUACUUCUAUGAGUUCAUGAACGAUCAGAUAUUGACGCUGAUAUUCUCCACCGUAUACGGGGUGGGAACGAUCGCGAUUCCUCUCCUGCCCAGCCCCACGUAUCUCCACAUUUUCGGUUUCGUCGCCGGUCUCUCGUUCGGGAUCGCACACAUCGGGUCCCAGGUGCGGCUCGUCAAAAUCUGGUCUGAUCAGAGCGCAUCAGCCAUUCAAGCCUUCCACACUGCGUGCGGGCUCGGUUCUAUGGUCGGACCUUUCGUCGUGGCGCCCUUCCUCAGCGCGAGACAUGAUGGUGUCCUCGUCAAGGAGGCGGAGCUCAAGACCCCUUAUUUGCUCUUCGGUGUCCUUUAUUUCCUCAUGUUUUCGUCCAUGCUCGGAGCGUACUUCUGUGAUCCGAGUACCAUCAAGAAGAUGUCGGUCGGAGGAAACGAAGAAGCUAAACCAAAAAUGAAGAAAUCCACGGAAUUAUUCAUCAUGGCUCUGUUGUUCGUUUAUCUCGCCCUGUGCGUCAACACCGAACAUACUUUCGGCUCUAUCAUGAUCUUAUUCAAGCGUUCAGACACCUGCGUCUGGGUCGGUUCAUCCCUCAUGGGUGUCGGCGUGUCCUCGAUGUAUGGCGCGGCUUGUGGUCUCAUCUUCGAAUACAUCCGCAUACGGCAUUCCUACGUCGGCACAGUUUUGGCGGCUUCGUGCUUGGGACUUGCGAUAUCAGCCUACGCCGUUCCUCCUUUCAUAGAGAGGUGGCCCAUGUUCUUCCAGUAUUUCUUGGGAUUUAGUAAUAUAUUGAACAUCGUAUUCCUCCUGAUGAUUUUCGCCGCUAUCAGAAGCCGCGAGAAGAUAAUCGCGGAUAAAGACGAGCCAAGCGACCGAAAGAACCAUACUGAUAUUCCCGUGUAG